GGCAUAAUAAAUGGAGUAAAGUUAAGCAUAUAAAAGUUGCAAAAGAUGGAGAACGUAGUAUGUUAUUUGCUAGAAUAUCAAAAGAGAUUCAACUUUCAGUAAAAGAGGGAGGUACUUCAGAUCCGAGUCUUAAUGUAAGAUUAGCAGCAGCUCUUGCACAAGCAAAGAAAGUCGGUUUACCCAAAGAUACAAUGGAAAAUGCAAUUAAAAGGGGAUUAGGACAAGGAAAAGAUCAAAAUAAUAUUGAAAGUUUAAAAUAUGAAGCAUACGGACCUGGAGGAGCAUUGACGGAUAAUAAGAAUAGAACAUCUAAAGAGAUUAAAAGUCAUUUCAAUAAAGCUGGAGGAUCAAUGUCAAGUGUUUCAUGGAUGUUUGAUAAAAAAGGGUCAAUUCAAUUUCAUUCAGGCAACAAUAAAGAAAAAGACACAAUUGAUAAAAUGAUGGAUAAUGUUAUAGAAAUUGAAGGAAUUGAAGAUAUAAAAGAAAUAACAUGUGAACCUUUGAAUGUCAACAAAAUUACUAAAGAAAUAAAAGAGAAAUAUGAUUAUGAAGUAAUAAGUAUUAGGAAUAGUGGAUAUAUUCCAAAGACAAAAGUUAGUGUUAAUGAAGAAUUGAUGGAAGUAAUUAAUAAAUUGGAGGAUGGACUGAAUGAAGUUGAAGAUGUA